AUGUCGCGAAAGCAGACGGACCAUGACUACAACCUGCGGAGUAUGAGCAACCUAAUGGGCGAGCGCUGGAGGAAAACCAAUGACGGAGGAGAGCGGAGUCUCAUCAAGACUCCGUCCAACGCCAGCGUCAACAGCCUGCAGGUGGCCGCGUCCUCCGCCUCUUCCUCCGGCGGCGCCCCGGUGGCCUCCGCCACCUCCACCGGGGAUUUGGAGCGGGCUGCGCGCAAGCAGUUCAUGCAGGAUGUCACGCCGGGUUUCGUCUACGUCCUGUCCGCCUUCUCCGCCUUGGGGGGGUUCUUGUUCGGCUACGAUACCGGGGUUAUCUCCGGGGCCAUGCUGCUGCUCAAAAGGCAGAUGGAGCUGAGCGCCUUGUGGCAGGAAGUGCUCAUCUCAAGUACUGUGGCCGCGGCCGCCGUCGCCGCCCUACUCGGCGCCUUCCUAAACGGGCUUUUCGGGCGUCGGGUGUGCAUCCUGAUCGCCAGCUUCUUCUUCACCGUCGGCGGCAUCGUGCUCGGCACCGCGCCGGGCAAAGAGGUGCUCCUGACGGGGAGGGUUGUCGUAGGAGUGGGGCUCGGCAUCGCGUCGAUGACGGUGCCAGUGUACAUCGCCGAGGCGUCGCCGCCGCACCUCCGCGGUCAGCUGGUGACGGUGAACACCCUCUUCAUCACCGGCGGGCAGUUCACCGCCAGCCUCGUGGAUGGCGCCUUCAGCUACCUGCAGCGUGACGGAUGGAGGUACAUGCUGGGCCUAUCGGUGCUGCCCGCCAUGGUCCAGUUUGUCGGGUUUCUAUUCCUGCCCGAGAGCCCUCGCUGGCUUAUCCAGCGGGGUCUGACGCAGAAAGCCCGCCGUGUGCUCAGCCAGAUACGAGGCAACCAGAACAUUGACGAGGAGUACGACAGCAUUAAGAACAGCAUCGAGGAGGAGGAGAAGGACGGCGGAGGAGAUGGUCCAGUGAUCUGGCGCAUGCUUACUUACCCCCCCACGCGGCGAGCACUCCUGGUGGGCUGCGGCCUCCAGAUGUUCCAGCAGCUCUCCGGAAUCAACACAGUAAUGUACUACAGCGCCACUAUUCUGCAGAUGUCAGGCGUGCGAGAUGACCGGCUAGCCAUUUGGUUGGCGGGACUGACCACCCUCACCAACUUCCUGUUCACUCUCUUGGGAGUGUGGCUGGUCGAGCGAGUGGGUCGGCGGAAGCUUACCCUAGGCAGCAUCGUAGGCACAUGUCUGGGCUUGUGUCUGUUAGCCGUGGGCUUUCUGUUAUCGGCCCAGCACAGUCCCGCUGUCACCUUACACCCACUGAACCCCUCCAUUGCCAACUCUACCUGCCUCAAUUAUCAGCUGUGCGAGCCGUGCAUGCUGGACCCCGCCUGUGGUUUCUGCUACCGGGACAACGGCUCGGUGCUGCUCACCUCCUCCUGCGUCCCGGUCAAUAGGGCCUCCACUGAGCAGGCGGCGUGGGGCAGGUGUUCUAAUUCCAGCCAGAUGAGAGAGCACACUUACUGGGCCUACAACUACUGCCCCACUUCCUUCUCCUGGCUCGUCUUGCUAGGAUUGAUGUUCUACCUGGCUGCUUUUGCACCAGGAAUGGGACCAAUGCCUUGGACCAUCAAUUCUGAGAUCUACCCGCUGUGGGCGAGGAGCACGGGUAACGCAUGUGCAGCAGGCGUCAACUGGACCUUCAACGUCCUGGUUUCGCUUACGUUCCUCCAUUUGGCACAGUAUUUCACCUAUUAUGGGGCAUUCUUCCUCUACUCUGGCAUGGCUUUCCUGGGCUUCAUCUUCAUCUAUGGCUGUCUACCGGAGACCAAAUCUCGCCGGCUGGAGGAGAUCGAAGCUCUCUUCGAAAACCGUCUGUGCUCUUGCGGCGCAUCAGAUUCUGACGAGGCUCGGCAGGUGGAAUACAUCCGGGUCAAAGGGUCUAACUACCAUCUAUCGGACAACGACGCGUCGGAUGUAGAUUAA